UAGCAGUGCUGCCAGCGCACUUCGGAAGCUUUUUCAUUCCAGUUUUGUGUAUGUGUCGAGUCGGUCUGAAGGGGAGAGUGCCGCACAAAUUUCCAUAGAAAGUUAUUAAAAAUUGUUACAAUUUCGUUCAAAACGUAUUCUUUAUGUUGCCGAAAAGUAUUUCGUUCUAGUUGAUCAUCUCGCAACCGAUCCCCACUAGAAACCGUCGGUUUGGCAAGAUGUCAAAACGGGCGGCAGACGACGCUGCCGGAAGUGGUGCCACUCCCGGCAGCGGGGGCGGAGCACCGCCUCCGAUCAAGAAAGUCCACUUCGAGCCCCACCUGAUCGGGCCGAUCUCGACCCUGGAGGAGAUGGACAUCAAGGUGCUGCAGUUCCAGAACAAGAAGCUGGCCCAGCGCAUCGAGCAGCGGGUCCGUUGCGAGGCGGAACUCCGGCAGCGGAUCGAACAGCUGGAGAAGCGCCAGACGCAGGACGACGCCGUCCUGAACGUGGUCAACCGGUACUGGAACCAGCUGAACGAGGACAUCCGGGUGCUGCUGCAGCGGUUCGACGCGGAGACGGCCGACGAGUCGGAGAAUAAGAACGAAAAUGAGGUCACCACCUCAUUCCUGAUGCAGUUGUCCACCUGGGACAAGGAGGAGCUGGAUGACAAGCUGGCCAACCGGGUGCAGGUGUCCAAACGGGCCGUGGCGAAAAUCGUGCAGGUGUUCGAUCGCCUCAUGCAGCGCAAUGAGAAGAUUACUCGUGCAAUGCAUGGCGAAUCGGAGGAUCCCGAGGCAAACGUUCCGGACAUGGACGAAACGCUGCGCCAGAGCUACACCGAGGUCAUGGCGGAGAAUCGCAACCUGCAGACGCAGAACACGCUGCUGCAUGAGAAGUUUCACACGAUUUCGCUCAAGAUGAGCGAAAUCCAGGACAUGCUCAACGGCAAGGAAACGGAAUCGGCUGAGCUGAAGAAUCAAAUCGACGACCUGCAGUACGAGCUGGAGAAGGUACGCUGCCGGAACGACAAACUGGAGAACCAUCUGGCGGAGGCGAUCGAGAAGCUGAAGGCGUACCACCAGUUGCAUGGCGAUAUCUCCAGCAAGGACGAGAACAAACAUUCGACGUCGACGUCUAGUUCAACCAAAGGUGGAUCCAUGACCAGCGUCGCGGCGCAGCAUUUGGAAGAUCUGCAGAAAGAGUUGGAAGAAUACAAAGAGCUAGCGAACAAUCGACUGCAGGAGCUGGACAAACUGCACGUACAGCAUCGGGAAGCGCUGAAGGAAGUCGAAAAACUCAAGAUGGACAUCCGCCAGCUGCCCGAGUCGGUUAUCGUCGAGACGACGGAGUACAAGUGCCUGCAGUCGCAGUUCUCCGUUCUGUACAAUGAGUCGAUGCAAAUCAAGACGCUGUUGGACGAGAGCCGGAAUCAGUUGCAGACGAGCAAGAAUCAGCAUUUGAGGCAGAUCGAGAUGAUGGAAAGCGAGGAACUGAUUGCACAGAAGCGUGUCCGUAGCGAUAUGAUCCAAAUGGAAGAUGUCCUGUCGCAAAUCCGCAAAGAGUACGAGAUGCUAAGGAUUGAGUUUGAGCAGAAUAUGGCGGCUAAUGAGCAGACGGCGCCAAUCAAUCGGGAGAUGCGUCAUCUGAUAACGUCGCUGCAGAACCAUAACGGACAACUGAAGGGAGAAGUCCAACGGUACAAGAAGAAGUACAAGGAAGUUUCGGCCGACAACGUCAAGCUGCGAAAGGAACUCGAGGAUACCACGGCGAAGUUGACGACUCUUCAGGAGCAACAGCAGGCAGAGGUGAAGAAAGAAAACGAGCAAGCGUCGGCUGCUUCAGGGAUCAAGGAAGAACCUGGAUCGUGUGACGGCCAAGGUUCGAUAAAGGAGGAGGACCCAAAUGAUCCGACUUCUGGAGCGAUCAAAUCAGAAUCCGGCGAAGAAGGGGAUGGCUGCGAUCCAAAUGGUGUGAAAAAGGAAGAGAUCGGUCCGGAUGGAAAGCCGAUCAAAUCGGAAGCUCCCGGAACGCCCAAGGGAGACAGCAAGGAACGGGCCAAGAGCGCCGAGUCAGACUUGGUUCGUGACUUGAGGAAUCAGCUGAAAAAAGCGCUGAACGAUCAGAAGGAGAUGAAACUGCUGCUGGAUAUGUACAAAGGAGUAUCAAAAGAGCAGCGAGAUAAAGUUCAACUGAUGGCAUCGGAGAAGAAAAAGUGCGCCGAAAUCGAAGACUUGAAGAACCAACUGAAGAAGGUUCAGGAAAGCAAGCGGGAGGACAGGAAGAAGCUGGCCGACGAGGAAGCUCUCAGGAAGAUCAAGCAACUGGAGGAGCAAAAGUAUGAGUUGCAAAAGCAGGUUCAAAACCAAAAGCAACCCGACAGUGCGUGGAGUAGCGGUUACCGACCGUUCGUUGGAUCGCAUGUAGAAGAAGAAGCGUUGCUUAACGAGAUGGAAGUUACGGGACAAGCGUUCGAGGACAUGCAGGAGCAAAACUCAAGAUUAAUUCAGCAACUGCGCGAAAAGGAUGAUGCCAACUUUAAGCUUAUGUCUGAUCGAAUAAAAGCCAAUCAGAUGCAUAAAUUACUGCGCGAGGAAAAGCAAGUGCUGGAAGAUCAGGUCACGACUCGCGACACCCAGAUCGAAGCAAUGCAUGUAGUACUGCGUAAGCUGGAGGAAAAGGAACGAAUCCUGCAGAACACGGUGACCACGAUCGAGAAGGAACUGGUCGCCCGUCAACAGGCGAUGGAAAUGCACAAACGGAAAGCAAUCGAGUCCGCCCAGUCGGCUGCCGAUCUGAAGCUGCAUCUCGAAAAGUACCACGCCCAAAUGAAGGAAGCCCAGCAGGUGGUGGCCGAAAAGACGAGCUCUCUGGAAGCGGAAGCGUACAAAACCAAACGGCUCCAGGAGGAACUGGCCCAGUUCAAGCGCAAGGCGGAACGCAUGAAGAAGAUCGAAAUGUCCGGCACCACGAUCGACGAGGUCAUGCUGGAGGAAAUUCGCGAGUACAAGGAAACGCUCACCUGCCCGUCCUGCAAGGUCAAACGGAAGGAUGCCGUACUGUCCAAGUGUUUCCACGUGUUCUGUUACGACUGUUUGCGAACCCGGUACGAAACGCGACAGCGCAAGUGCCCCAAGUGCAAUUGUGCGUUCGGCGCCAACGACUACCACCGGUUGUACUUGUCGACGUAAGGAGGUUAGUCUCUGUCCUUUAUCUUCUUCCAAUGCCAACUCUUUAUUUAUAGACAGACUUUUUUUGUUUAAGAUUUUUUGUUUCUGUAUAUGAUGAUGCUGUUUCGCCCCCUCAGUUUGUCGGGGUGCAUUUCUUAGGUGUCUUGAACGAAAAAAGGCGAUGCAUAGCUGGUAGCUUUAUGCAUUCUUUGAGAUACGAAAUUGUGAAUUUUCUCAAAACCCAAUAAAAUUGUGUUACGAUUGUGUUCUCUGUCAUCCUGCGGACGAUGAUGUUAAAAAUACAUUGAUCUUUGUCUCACUUUUUACGAGAUACCAUCCCA